GGAGCCGUCGCCUGCCGGCUGAGCUGCGGGCGAAGGCGCCUUUCUGAAAGCAGUUGACUGGUCAGACCUUAGGAAGAGCAGCUCAUCUCCCCGGACUCGUAGUCUGCCUUCGCGCGGUGUCUGCACCAUUAGCUUAAAGCGAGUUGCUGUCGCGCCGUGACAGCAGGCAGCUUCUCCCACGUGCUGGCCGUGCGAUCCGGCCGCACUUUUCUACCAGGAACACCGCCAGCUCACAUCGGCCUGCUUUCCACAGCGUGCAGCACCGCCCUGACUCACCACAGCGCUCUGCUGCCCUUAUCGUCGUUGCUCACCAGUACCCAAGCUUGUCUUCAGACAGAAUCAGAGCAAAAGCAAAAAAACAGCAAGGAGGAAGUGCUUUUGACUGGCAAAAAGCUUACUGAAAUACUAUGGGUAAAGACUUUGAAGGAAGGCAGUUUACUGGCGAGAUUAAAUUCACACCACCAUUAUACAAACAACGCUAUGAGUUUGUUAAAGAUUUAGUGAGGAAAUACAAACCAAAAAAGGUGGCAGAUUUAGGAUGUGCUGACUGUACACUUCUCUGGAUGCUGAAAUUCUGUGGUUGUGUUGAAGUGUUAGCUGGGCUAGAUAUCUGUGCAGCUGUGAUGAAAGAGAAAAUGCACAGGUUAACUCCUCUUCCUGCUGAUUAUUUGGAGCCAUCUGAGCGAUCCUUAACUGUGACUUUGCAUCAAGGCUCAGUUGCUCAUAAAGAUCCUUGCAUGCUUGGUUUUGACUUGGUAACGUGCAUUGAACUAAUAGAGCACCUGCAAGAAUCAGAACUAGAGAAGUUUCCUGAAGUGGUGUUUGGUUUCAUGGCUCCAAGCAUGGUUGUGAUCAGUACUCCAAAUUCAGAAUUUAACACAUUGCUUCCAGGAGUGACUGUUUUCAGGCAUCCAGACCACAAAUUUGAAUGGGACCGAGCACAGUUUCAAAGUUGGGCUCAAGAUACUGCUCAACGCUAUGAUUACUCAGUGGAAUUCACAGGUGUAGGGAACCCCCCAGCAGGAAUGGAAGACGUCGGGUUCUGUACCCAAAUAGGAGUGUUUGUUAGAAAAUAUCCUCAAACUAGAGAACCUGUGCAGUGUGAGAAACCCACUGAAGCAGCUUACAAAACUGUCUUCAAAGCAGUGUAUCCGAGCCUUAAAGAUGAGAAGUACCUGCAGAAUGCAGUGGUCGGUGAAGUUAUGUUCAGAGCACAAAUCAUUAAGCAAAGUCUGCUGGACCAUUUACUGUCAGAAUAUGAAGAAUAUGACAAUCCUACAGAGAGAAAAUUGAAACUGCAAUGUUCAGUGAACUGUUCUUCAGAAGAUUUUGAAACACUGGCUGUUGAAAAAAGCACGGAGCCAUUCGUCAGUGGAAAUGUGGUUUAUAUACCUCUGAGAAAAAUGUUUUCUUUUCCCAAAGUAAAUCAACUCUGUGGCACUUUUGAGAAGUUUUGCAGGCUUAUUACUGGCAAGGUCACACUGAACAGUGAUUGUUCUGCUGUGAUGCUUGAUACUGAAAAUGAAAAUGAAGAGAAUUCGAUUGGUUUUCUUACUUCAAGUUCAGUGUCCUGCUGUGCGGUCAUACAAGGAGUUCAGUCAACUAAUCCAUUGCUGACACUCGUACUGGUUCAACAGAUUGGACAAGGAGAAGAGACAGGACUUUUAAGUGGUGCAGCUGGACUGAAGAGUUCCUACAGUGAACAACCUGAGCUAAUCUGGUACAAGCUCUAUUCUCAGAUGCCCUCAGAAACAAUGGGGAAAAUCCAUAAUGCUGGAUCAGGGCUGCUGCAGCGCUCCAUGGUCCUCUCAGGUCCAACCAGUAGUGAUGCUGAAGAUACAUUCCAGGUUGCAGUUGAAAAACUAUUAAAAAUAGCACAACUCAUUACUAAGUCUGAAGACUGCACACAGAAUUCAUAUGUUGUGCAGGAAGAUGAGAGAGAGGGACAGCAGCCCAUGUGACAGUAAAACACAAUCAAGUCCUUCAAGCUUUUCCUAACACUUCAAAGAUGACUACUUCCAGAAAACAAUCACCACCUUACACUGAAACACAUGCAAAUAGAAGAUGACCGCUAUUUUAAGAAGAAACAUCUAACUGACAAGUCUUGAAAUGCUGCCACUCUUGUUAAUUUAAUUUCUUCCUUAUUUAUUCGGACCUUUGCUGAAUCACCACCAUGAAAAUCCAUUAGUUUAGUCUUAAGCCGAGAGCAAAAGCACUCCCUUAAUUGGCAUUGAGGGAUCACUGCAGAGGAAUUCUAUACCUUCCUUUGAGCGUAUGUUGAGCUUUUUCAGGCCAGCACAAACACACUCACCGGGAUUUUGAUGCACUGAUAUGUUUCACUGCUGUUGUUAUUUUUAACCUGUACCCCAGCAUAGAAGAAGGUAGAAGAACUGCAAAGCUUGAAUCCAGUGCACUAUUUCAGCACAUCUCCCAGCUUCAUCAUGCUUCCACUGACACUUUCUGGAGGCACAUUCUGCCUCACCUCCUUGACAUCACUCGCACUGGCCCACCUGGAAUCAGCUGCACUCAAACUAUCCAGGAAAUACAUCAGCCCGUGAAAGUGACUUCAAGGCCACAAAGACUGCAUUAGAACAGUAAAAGUACAUCAGGGCCUAACCUUACGAUGGUUAUCCAUCUAUCACUUAUAAUGAAGUUGGUUGCAAGAAGAAUACUGAGGAGAAAAAAAGACACAAAACAAGAACAGAACAGUAAUGAACUGAUUACCUGUCAACCAUACAGAAGAAAACAAUGUCCAAUUGCACAUGCUAGUGUAUUAGAAUGGUUAAAUAACAAGUUAUUCAGCCAAAGUUCUAUUCUGGUGCUCUUUAUUUUCACUUACAGAAUUAAAAGCCGAUACUUCAGGAAGCUCUACAACAGCAGAAUACAUUUUAAUAAGAGAAUA